GUGUCCCAGUCCUCCCACGCGCCUGGGCGCGGUCGGUGAACCAGCUGCUGUUGGGCUUCUUCAGAAGUACAUGGACGUGGCCAUGAGCUUCCGGAAAUCCAGGUCUAUCCACUCGAAGGCGGAACCCUUGGGCAAGGUCAUUGACUCGGUGACCACGGACAGCUUCUCUUGGAACGCCAG